AUGAGUCUCUUUGCAUCAUCGACGGCGAACCCGUCUCAACCUGCGAAGCCGAGCCUGUUCUCCUUUUCCAAUCCUUCCUCAAGCCAGCCAGCCAGUCAGCCCGCCAGCCAGCCAUCCUUGUUCGGUACGUCGCAGCAGCAGCAGCAACAAAGCAAUGCACCGAAAUUCAGCUUCGGAACUACUCAAUCCCAGCCUGCCCAGGCGGGAGGAUCCUUUGGCGCUCCUAAUCAGACCCAGCAAAGCGGAGGCUUAUUUGGAACCGCACAACCUCAACAACAAUCAGGCGGGCUUUUUGGCACCUCCCAGCAGCCGCAGCAACAGUCAGGAGGGCUUUUUGGCACCUCCCAGCAGCCUCAGCAACAGACAGGAGGGCUCUUUGGCGCUUCCCAGCAGCCUCAGCAACAGACAGGAGGGCUCUUUGGCGCUUCCCAGCAGGCUCGGCAGCAAAACGGAGGUUUAUUCGGGACUUCAGCACAACCGCAACAACAGAGCGCUUUUGGGCUGUCGCAGUCACAACAGCAGCAACAACAGCCUCCACAGCGGCCUCUGGAUCAAACAUUGAGGUUUGGACAGUCUCAACAAGGCGAAGCUCAGUCUCAAUCAUUGUGGGAAGAAGGUCGAGGCCUCAAUGUUUUCAGAUCAAUUCCAGCACAGAUGAAUAUUGUCAAAAACAAAUGGGAUCCUCAGAACCUGUCGUCGCCCCUACGGACAUAUCUUUAUAAGCACGUCGAAACUGAGACAGAGGCAUUGAAAUACAGACCUGGCCCAGGAGAGGACGAAGACAAAUGGGAGGAGGCCUUGUCAAAACGACCCGGACCGGAGUGGGUACCCCUACUCGUCCAAGGGUUUUUCCACUUGGGAAGAAAGGCUCAAAUACAAAUGGAGGCCAUUCAGAGGUGCAACAUGAUGCUUCAAGAGAUCAACACAUCCCUCGACGUCCAACUCGAUAAGCACCGCCAGAAUAUUGCCACUAGGCUCGAAGAGUGCAAGCGAAGACAAGACGCAACAGCGCAGAGAACCCUUGCAUUGGCAGUCAAGGUCCAGAUUCUGCGCAAUCGAGGUUAUGUGAUGGACAACGCAGAGGAAGAAUUGAAGUCAAAGUUGGAGAAAUUGCAGCGAGAAGUCUUUGAUCCCAGUCUCGAGGCCAGACAGCAAGAGAUCUGGGCCCGGAUGUUGGGUAUCAGAGAACGAGCGAAGAGACUGAAGGUGGAGAUGGAAAAGGUUGCACCAUCUGCGAACGAAGAUGAGUGCACACUAGACGAAGAAACGAUCAAAGCAGCCAAAAAGACACUAGAGGCAUACGACAUACAGUUACGACACUUGCAGAAAGAAUUGGACCUCGUCCAACAGGAAUUUGAAGAUUGGGACAAGAUAUCCAGGGACAGGGACAACGAUGCUCCUCGACGGAGAUAG